AUGUCCCUCAAGGCUGAGUACUAUUCUGAAGAGGAGGAGUCCCAGUGUCCUCUCUGUAUGGAGGAGAUGGAUCUGUCAGACAGGAAUUUCAGACCAUGCCCUUGUGGAUAUCAGAUCUGUAGAUUUUGUUGGCAUCAUAUCCAAGAGAAUUUGAACAGUCGAUGCCCAGCUUGUCGAAGGGUUUACUCAGAACAGACUAUAGAAUUUAAACCUAUAUCGACUGAGGAAUUAACACGGAUCAAAAAUGAAAAGAAACAAAAGGAACGUGAGAAAAAAGAGCUUGAAGCGAUGAAUCGAAAACAUCUAUCCAAUAUGAGAGUAGUCCAAAAAAAUUUGGUUUACGUAAUUGGCCUUAGUCCGAAGAUUGCAAAUGAGGAGGUACUUCGGUCACAUGAUUAUUUUGGCCAAUACGGAAAAAUUGCCAAAAUUGUCGUUAACCGUCGAAAUUCUCCGGCAUCGAGUGUUCCUGGUGCACCACCGCCUCAGCCUAGUGUUGGCGUUUACAUUACUUAUGCGCGGAAAGAAGAUGCAGCAAGGGCAAUUGAUGCAGUUGACGGCAGUGUGUCUGAUGGAAAAGUGUUAAGGUAA